AUGGAGAAAGACAAGCAGUUUAAACUGUUCGUGCCGCCGCGUCUGAGCGCUGGGCAGCUGCCUGCGGUCAGAAGCCAGGGUUUUAACAAAUGCCCAGGGGACGAUUUUAAGUUGCCAUUCCGUACCCUGAACCGUGGGGAAAUCACUGAUCCAGCUACACUGUCACAGCAAGUAAAACUUUGCUCUGAAGUAGAUGAAGAGAAUAUAGAAACAAUGAACGAAUUGUACUCGAAACUCUACAAAGAGGCUGAGAAGAUCAAGCAGUGGAAACUGAGUGUGGAAUCAGAACUGAAUCAGAAAGAAAGAAAACUGCAAGAAAACAGAAAUAUUAUCGAAGCACAGCGUAAAACCAUUCAGGAACUGCAGUUUGAAAAUGAAAAACUCCAUUUAAAACUGGAAGAUGAGCUGUGUGAAAAGAAAGAUCUCUUGAAAGAAAGCACAGCUUCGAGGCAUCUGUGCAAUCUGCUCAAGGAGACCUGCACUCACUUCACGGAGAAGACUGACAGAUAUGAACAGGAGAGAGAAGAGACGAGACAGCUGUACGAGGAGCUCCACAGCAACGUCGAGAGAAUGACGGCGGCGUUCGAAGAGCUUCGCGUGCAGGCGGAGAACGACAGACUGGAAAUGAGUUUCAAACUAAAAGAAGAAGCAGAAAAAAUGGACAAGUUCAAAAGAGAAUGCAAGCUGGAAGUCAGUCAGAAGGCAGAGCAGAUUUCAGUUCUUAUCACCCAGAGUGAUGAAAAAGAUGAUGUGAUAAGAGACAUCCAGGCUCAGCUGCAGGAAUCACAAAAUCAGAUUGCUGGCUUAAUAGAAGAAAAAAGUAAGAGAGAAAUGUUCAAGGAAUCCCAGGCCAAUCAAGAACGUUUGAGGUCAGAACUGGAGGAGGCCAAAACUUCAUUGCAGAAGGCAGAGGUUACUCAAAAGAGCUUAGAGAACGAAUUCCAGACCACAGUGAAAACAUUAAUUCAGGUCACUGAAGAAAAAGAAGCACAGGAGGAGGAAUGUAAAAAAACUAAAGCCUUGCAUGCAGCCCUGACAGCAGAGUUUGAGGCUUCCAUUGCCAGUUUGAAAAGCUUGCUGCAAAAAGAGCAAAAUAGAUCAGAGAAAUACGAAGACAAGUCAAAACUGCUCACCUUGGAGCUCAGAAAUAAAUCUGCUGAACUGGAAGAGAUGACUAAACUAAAAUGUGACAAAGAAAUGCAACUUGAAGAGCUGUCAGAAACACUGAAGGAAAUCCACGAUUUGAAAGUCCAACUGACCGGGACAGCUGAAAAGGAGAGAGAUUAUCUGAACCAGCUUUCGACUCUGAAAACAGACCUUGAGCAAGAGAUGUUAAAGAAUGAAGAACUAACAGUGUGCAUCAAUAAACUUUCACUGGAGAAAGAACAAAUAGCACAAGAGAAAAGUGCUGUGGCUGCAGAACUCAAGGACCUGCAAGAAAGUCACAAGGAGAGUAAGAAAAAAGAAGAAGAUGCAAAGCAGUUGGUUGAAAACCUAGAAGAGGAAAAUGGCCAGCUAAGGAACGAACUGGAGUCUUUGAAGGAGAAAAUGGCCAAGGCAGGGGAAGAGAUCGAGAGCAAACUGGAUGAGAGAGAAGAGGACGUGAAUAAUUUAAAGAAACAGGUGGAAAGUAAAGCCAGAUACAUUGAGGAGUUGCAGCAGGAGAACAAGGGGCUGAAAAAGAAAAUUACUGCAGAAAGCAAGAAAAGCAGCAUUUAUGAAGGAAAGGUGAAUAAACUGCAGUUAGAGCUGGAAAACAUGAACAAGCAACAUAAGGAAACAGUUGACAGCUACCAAAAAGAGAUUGAAACAAAAAAAAUAAAUGAAAACAAACUUCACGAAGAGGUAGAAAAGCUGAAGUUGCUUUAUGAUGAGGCAACGAUGAUCCAGAGAGAAACUGAUAUCAGGUGUCAGCACAAGAUAAAAGAGAUGGUGGCACUCAUGGAAAAACACAAGCACGAAUAUGACAAAAUGGUUGAAGAAAAAGAUGCAGAGUUAAAACUGUGUAAACUGAAGCAGCAGGAGCAGUUGUCAUCAGAAAGAUCAGUGGAGAGUGAACUGUCACGUUUGAAGAGUGAACUGUCCUGCCUUAAGGAACAGCUGAGAGCAGAAACUGAGGAAAAGGAGAAUCUUAGGAAUGGACACACUCAAAACAGGCUUCCUGAAGCUGAAAUGGAGCACGAGACAUUUGUUAUAAAGACUCCUCCAGCACAGAACCUGCAGGGUGGGAGAAGCACAAAUCUGCCUGCAGAGCAGAGCACGAGGAAGAAGCAGAAGGUGCUGCUGCAGCUGGACACUCACUCGGACAGCUCCGAGCACAGCGACCUCCUGAGCAUGGUCUCGGAAGAGAAAAUGUUUAAGAAGCUGUACAAGGAUUAUCCCCAAACUUCACAAUUACAUUCCACGGCCCCGAAAAAGGCACCGACUCCCUCCAGUGGGAAAUCUCCGGGCUCUGCCCUCAAACUCAAAGCCGUGAGGAAAAUGCACGAGGCGGGCUGGGCUGCGGUGGCCAAAGUGGACAGGAAAAGGAAAAUCAAAGAAGUUGCCAAGUUCUUUGCUUAAAAUGCAGCAAUGCCCAGUGCCCUGGCACUGAGAGCAGUGUUGUUUGUUCUGUCAGAUUUGUAUUUUGGUGUGUUUUUGUGUCGUGUUGUUUAAUCCCACGUUCAUUUCCUUUACACACCUAAACCUUCCAGAUCUGUAGCUCCAUCCACUUGCAGAGCCUGU